UAUAACGUUUAUAUCGGACGUAUACGUGAAUGUAGAAGCAGAAAAAUAAGAUUUUCAUUGAAUUUAAAUAAAAAUUUACUAAUAACAAAGUAUAGAAAACAGAAGAUAAUUUGAACAUAAAUAAUAGAAUAUAAAAAAAAGUUUAUUUAUUCAGGUCUAAAUUAAAAACCGAAUAAAAGGGGAAUUAAAAAAUGGAACCGCAACUGACGGGAGAUGAAAUAGUGAUAUCUGGUAUAGCUGGAAGAUUUCCGAAUAGUGAAAAUGUUAACGAAUUGCAGAAAAAUCUUUUAAAUAAAAUAGACUGUGUUGGUGACAGCAAAGUUCGUUGGGACUAUGAAAAUCCAAAAGUUCCUCCGCGAAUCGGUACAAUGAAAGAUAUUGACAAAUUUGAUCGUAUAUUUUUUGGAUUUCUUGGGAAAAUGCUGGAUUUGAUGGAUCCUAUGAUAAGAAUGACAAUCGAAACUGCAUACGAAGCAGUCGCAGAUGCUGGAAUUAAUCCAAGAAAUUUGAAAGGAAAGAAAACGGCUGUCUUUACUGGAAGCGGUAUUUCAGAAUCCGAAAUGAUAGUUCUUUAUGAAAAAUUUGGGCAAAAUGGAUUAGGCUUAAUAGGAGUCAGUCGUGCUAUGUUGGCAAAUAGAAUUUCAUUUUUCUUUGGCCUUAAUGGACCAAGUGUUAACAUAGAUUCCAGCUGCUGUGGAGGUGCCAGUGCAUUAUACGAAGGAUUUAUGGCAAUUAAAGAUGGACGAGCUGAAAGUGCCAUUAUCGGUGCCAGUAAUGUUGUUUUACAUCCAAACAUGUCAUUACAAUUAUUUUUGUUAGGACUUUUAUCGCCCGAUGGAAAGACAAAAUCAUUUGACGAUGCAGCUGAUGGUUAUGCUCGCAGUGAAGCAACUGUAGUUCUAUUUCUUCAAAAAGCUCGUGACGCAAAGCGUAUUUAUGCAGAAGUGAAAAAUGCCAGCACAUAUUUUGGAAGUAUAAACAAUAAACUUUCUAUUUCUUAUCCGACUCAUGAUUUCCAAGCCAACAUAAUGAAAACGACAUUAAAGGACUGUGGUAUUUCGGGAAAAGAUAUUUCACUCAUAGAGGCAACAGGUUCGGGUCUUAAAGAUGUUGAUGCUGAAGAAAUAAAAGCAAUUGACGAAGUUUACAAUGAAGGUCGAAAAUUACCCCUUCCUAUUGGAUCUGUUACAUCAAAUCUUGGCUCAUGUUCAGCCGUAAAUCCGUUAAAUGGAAUUAUUAAGGUUAUUACGGCAAUGGAGUCAGGAUACAUUCCGCCAAAUCUUCAUUUUCAAAAACCAUCUGACCAAAUCCCUGCUCUUAAAGAAGGUCGAUGUAAAGUUGUAACAGAAUUAACUCCAUGGACUGGGGACUACGCGGUCGUUAAUAGUUUAGCAUUUACAGGUGCUAGUGCUAAUAUUAUAUUAAAAGAUUUCAAAAAGGAAAAGAAAAAUAAAGGGGAGCCUAAAGACAAUCUGCCAAGAUUAGUCAUAUGUUCAGGAUGUACAGAAGAAGCUGUUGACUUCAUACUAAACCAUCUGGAAAACAGAUCCGUCGAUGUGGAAAUGCUUCAGCUUAUAUACGAUAUAUUUAAAACUGAAAUUCCAGCUCAUAUGUAUAGAGGAUAUACUCUUCUGCCUCCACAUGGAUUAACAGAAAUUAAAACGAGAGGAAUUCAACAUAACCCAAAUUUAAGGAAAGAAAUUUGGUACAUGUUUUCCGGUAUGGGUUCUCAAUGGGUCGGAAUGGGAGAAGCUUUAUUGCAAAUACCUAUUUUCGCGCAAGCUAUAGAGAAGUGCGAUAAAGUUCUUAAGCCAAAGGGUAUCGACAUUUUCCGCAUCAUUACAGAAAAGGAUCCAAAAAUGUUUGACAACAUUAUCAAUUCUUUUGUUGGAAUUGCUGCUAUUCAGAUUGGAUUAGUAGAUCUUUUAGACUCCAUUGGACUAAAACCAGAUUUCCUAAUUGGUCAUUCAGUUGGAGAAUUAGGUUGUGCUUAUGCUGAUGGAUGUUUUACAGCAGAGGAAAUGGUUCUAGCUGCAUUAUGCAGAGGUCUGGCUUCAGUGGAAACAGAAAUGCCAAAAGGUUCCAUGGCAGCAGUUGGCCUUGGUUAUGAAGAAAUUAAAAACCUUUGCCCACCCGAUAUUGAUGUAGCUUGUCAUAAUAGCGCUGACAGUUCCACUAUCAGUGGUCCUGCAGAUUCUAUGAAAGCAUUCGUCGCACAAUUGAAAGCGAAAAAAAUUUUUGCCAAGGAAGUGGCAUGUAGUAACAUAGCCUAUCACAGUCGCUAUAUUGCUCCAGCAAGUGAAAAAUUAAGAAAAUACCUUCAAGAGAUAAUACCUAAUCCAAAACCUCGAACUAAUCGCUGGGUAAGCAGUUCAGUUCCACGUGAAGAAUGGAAUUCUCCUAGGGCUCGACUAUCAUCAGCAGAAUAUCACACGAAUAACCUUCUGAAUUCUGUUCUCUUUGCCGAAACUGCAAAAUCUAUUGCAUCAAAUGCAGUUGUUAUCGAAAUAGCUCCUCACGGCCUUCUACAGGCAAUUGUAAAAAAAUCAUUGCCAGAGAAUGUCAUUAAUAUAUCGUUAACUAAAAGAAACCAUUCCGACAAUGUCUCGUUUCUUUUUGAUGCUUUAGGAAAAAUUUACAAUACUGGCUACAAUAUCACUGUGUCUAAUCUUUAUCCUAAAGUCAACUAUCCAGUAUCACGAGGAACACCUUCAAUUUCAUCUUUAAUUCGAUGGGAUCACUCAACUAGCUGGAACACUCACUUUUUUAAAAAACCGGAAGAAAUUAAGAAAGGAGUGAUGAAUUUCAUAAUUAAUUUGAAAGACGAGAAGUGGCAAUAUUUGAAUAAUUAUAAGAUUGAUGAGAAGGUAGUUUUUCCUACUUCUCUAUAUUUAAAACUUGCUUGGGAUGUUUUAAAAUCGUUAAAAGAUGAUUCUGAACUCUCUGUUGUUUACCAAAACGUAUAUAUACAUAAACAUCAAGUAGAAAUUCAAGAAGACAAAAAUAUUACAUUAAAAGUAAUGGUUCAAAAAGGGACUGGUGUCUUUGAAGUAACAAAAAACGAAAUUUUACUAUGCUCCGGAAUUUUACAAGCGACGGAAACUCCUAACGUAGAAUGCAGUUUAGUUGCUAAAAAAGCUGAUAAUGAUUCUCAGGAUCUAAGUGAAAGUGAUAUUUACACUGAGUUGGAGAUGCGCGGUUUACAAUACUCAGGUCCCUUUAGAAACAUUCGUAAAUCAUCAGCAAAUGGAUGCAAUGGAGCUUUAGUAUGGAAAGAUAAUUGGACAACCUUUUUAGAAGGAAUAAUUCAAAUGCAUUUACUUGCAAAUGACAUAAGAAAACCUCAAGUGCCGAUUAAAAUUAGAAAAAUUGUAAUUAAUUUAAAAUUACAAGAAGAAAUUAUCAACAAAUCAUAUGAAAUUCCUGUCACAGUAAAUAAGGGAAUAGAAAUUGUGAAAGCAGGUGGUGUACUAAUAGAAGGAAUCGUUCUAACAUCCAUUUUGCAUAAAACUUUUAAAAAAAAUAUUGUUACUAAAAAACUUGAAUUCAGUUCUGGAAUGGAUAGACCACUGUUUAACUUAUCAGAAAUGAUAAUUCCUUCAAAUAUUCGUAAAGCAACUAAUUGGAUAGCUAGACAAAUAAAUCAUAACGAUUUGAAAUCAAUCUCCUGGGUCGAAGGGUUUCAUAAAAACGAUGCAAACACAAUCAAAGUUGAAUAUUCAGCAGUCAAUCAAUCAGAUAUUCUCUUAGCAACUACUAAAACUGAGUUUGAAAAUACUGGAAAAAAUAAACUAGAAAUGAAGUGCUUUGGUCAAGAAUAUUCUGGAAUUAGUUCAAGGGGAAGUAGAGUUAUGGGAAUAUCGGAAAAUAGUACACUUUCAAAUUAUAUAACAGCUGACACUGAUUACACAUGGAAAAUACCUGAGAAUUGGACUUUAGAAGAUGCUGCAACUGUACCUUUAGCAUAUGCAGUUGCAUACUUGGCUUUAGUGAUAAAGGGAGAUUUACAGAAAAACGAAUCAGUUUUUGUCUACGAUAGUGCCUCUUCCAUUGGGCAAGCUAUCAUUAAUAUAGCCUUCAAUAUCACACCACAAGUAUUCGUUGGACACGCUAGUGAUAUCAACAAAAAAAAUCUAAUGAGCAAUUUUAAAAAUAUUCCUGAGCAUCGUUUUAUAAAUGCAUCAGAAAAUUUCGCUGAUCAAAUUUUAGCACAAACUGAAGGAAAAGGAGCUGAUCUCAUAAUAUAUAAUGGAGAUGAUUUAAGUAAAAUAGAGACUUGGCUGAUGUGUGUGAAAAGAAAAGGAAAUAUCAUUAUCAUCGGACACUUACAACAAGCAUUAACUAAAUCAAUAGGCAUGCAAAUUUUCUUAAAAGUAAUUGAUUGUUUUUCAAUAAUUCCAACCAAAAUUAAUAGCCUUGAUCUAGCAACUAAAAAAAUAUUAUCAAAAAUGAUUGAAAAUGGAUUAGCAGCGCGAACUAUAAAGCCAUUGCCUAGACGUAUCUAUUCAAGGGAAAUGUUAAAAAAUGCUUUUAUUGAUGGAGCUACAAAUAAUGUUUACGGAAAAAUCAUUGUUAAAGUACAGCCAGAAGAUGGAAGUAAUAAAGCUCUGACAAUCCCUUGUUUUCUAUGUAAUAGAGAAGGUUCUUAUUUAAUAAUUGAAGGAUUGAGUGACUUUGGACUCGAAUUAGUUAACUUUUUAGUUGUCAGAGGUGCCAAAAAUAUUGUUAUAGUAUCCGAAUCAAAAAAUACUAGAGCGUACAGUAAUCACAGAAUUAAUUUGUGGAGAGAAUAUGGGGUAUCAUUUGUAGUUCGCGAAGAAUUGGACCUUACCCAACAACAAAACGGGAAUGUUCUUCUUGAAGAAGUCAAUACACUUGGUACAGUAGAUGGCAUUUUUGAUCUACAGCGUAUUGAACAUUCGUCAAAAAGGUCUUCCAAUUCGAAAUAUUUGUUUACCAAAUAUAUUUUUGAAGAAUCUAAGCAAAUGUGUCCUGAUUUACGACAUUUCGUUGUUUUUGCAACAUGUAAAAAUAGCAGGGAAAAUAUCGACGAUGUUUUGUUAAGAGAAAUCGAUUUGACAAAGAUUUGCCAAGAAAAAUCAAAAGGAGCUACCGUGGGACUUUUGAUUCUUUUAGGACCAAUUGCUGGAAUUGCGGAAUGGACUACUAAAAACGAGACUAAUGUACCUUUAUUGUCUAUACCUAGUAUUAUUGAACAAAUGGAUAAUUUAAUAGAAUCGAACGCGUCGAUUGUAUCUGUUUGUCACAAAUCAUUAGAAGUAAAAUCUGAGAAGGUUGAAUUAGAGGUAGACACCCCUGAAGAAACGUCAAAGUCAAAAUUCUACAAUUAUAUCAGCGCAGUUCAAUUAUUGACAACGUCCUCUAUGUUUCGACUUUCGAACGAAAAGCAAACAUAAAGAUUAAUUAUUAUCUUUAAAAAAUUAGUUAAGAUAAUAGAUUAGAUAAUAAUUGUUUGCCUUGUUUCUUGUCUUAUAUUAAAAUAAAGAAAAAUAUAAUGAAAUUGUUUGAAAUUAA